UUUAUCCUAACUAAAAAGCUACCAACUCCAUUUAUUUACAAGUGCAUUGUAACACUUCUUUCACUGGACACACUAUAUAUACACGUGAACUUUGUCUCAAUUUCAUCACAGCAAAAACUAACCUUCCUCACUAGUCACAUUAAAUAACUUCUAAGCAAAGUCUUUAGGAACUUAAUUUACUUCAAGAUGGCUCAGCCCGUGAGCUUGUUCAUUUUCAUUGCUCUGCUUGCUUUUGCACCAAUUUGCUUCUCUUUUAAGAGUAAUGACGGUAACCUAUACCCGCAAUAUUAUUGCAAAUCGUGCCCAAGAGCGCAGGAAAUUGUCAAGUCUGUUAUUGCCAAGGCUGUCGCCAAAGAAGCCCGAAUGGCUGCUUCGCUGUUGAGGCUCCAUUUCCACGACUGUUUUGUCAUGGGAUGUGAUGCAUCUUUGCUUCUGGAUAGUAGCAAAGGUAUUGUGACAGAAAAAGGAUCAAAUCCCAACAGAAAUUCAGCUCGUGGAUUUGAAGUCCUUGACGAGAUUAAAUCUGCACUGGAGAAGGAAUGUCCUCAAACAGUUUCUUGCGCUGAUAUCUUGGCACUAGCUGCAAGAGACUCUACUGUAUUGGCUGGUGGACCGAGCUGGGAGGUUCCAUUGGGAAGGAGAGACUCCAGAAGCGCCAGUUUAAGUGGCUCCAACAACGAUAUUCCUGCUCCAAAUGACACAUUUGAUUCCAUUCUCUCAAAGUUCAAGAGACAAGGACUUGAUCUUGUCGACCUUGUAGCUUUGUCUGGUAGCCACACAAUUGGAAAUUCAAGGUGUACCAGCUUCAGACAAAGGCUCUACAACCAGUCAGGAAACAAUAAACCAGACUCAACUCUGGAUGAAUCAUAUGCUGCCCAACUGCGCAAUAGGUGCCCAAAAUCUGGUGGUGACCAAAACUUAUUCUUCUUGGACUUUACCUCUCCCACAAAAUUUGACAACAGCUACUUCAAGCUCUUGUUGGCUUCAAAGGGCCUGCUGAACUCUGACCAAGUUCUUGCUACUAAUAGUCAAGCAUCAUUAGCCCUGGUGAAGCAAUAUGCAGAGGACAAUGCCCUUUUCUUCGAGCACUUCGCCAAGUCUAUGGUUAAGAUGGGUAACAUUUCUCCUUUGAUAGGUUCCAAUGGGGAAAUCAGGAAGAACUGCAGGAAGAUCAACUAACUUUUGUUCCUGAAGAGAACACUGCCUCAAUGCAUGUCUCUAUUGUCAAUGUGUUAUGUAUUUUCUACUCUUGUUCUUUUUCCAAUUAUUCUAGCUAGUGUCCAUCCUUGAAAACCAUCUUUUGUUAUUCACGGUGUAUUUUUAGUUCUUCAUUGGAAGCAGUGUGGAAUAAACAGGAAUCUAUGGGUUCAUAGACAUUAUCUUA